AUAAGCUUCGCUCCUGGGAUGGAAGUAAUCAAUUAUGGAGUUGCCAAGGAAAUCCUACGCAAAGUGCGACCGUUUUCUAAUAAUUGAUGCAGUUCCGACUAUUUCACUAGUAACAGGAACACACCAAUUGGGUAUAAAAAUAGAAUAAACAAUUGUUAGCGCAGAAAAUUUUAUCACAUUUACCACGUAUCUUCGAUCUUAUUUGUUCAUUAUCAAUAGAUAUGAAACCAUCCCACCUGCAAACUUCCCGGAGAGUGUCAGAUUAUCAAUAUGGGAUUAUGCUCAGAUAAACAAAAACCAAAUCUGAGCGUCUUCAGUUUUACGUGUGAUUCAUAGCAUACAACUAGUCACCGCAGAGCCAAUGAUCUUCAUUAACUCUUCAUUUCCAUUGAGUUUUCUUGAUUCAGAUUACAAAAAAGUUGACUCGAGAAGUACCAACUGAUCCGGGCUUUCUAUCAGAACAAAAGAUGAGUUCCAGCGAAAAAACAGGUUUGCAUCUUGAAGAUCUUAAUUACGACUGUCUUGCGUACAUCCUAUCCUUUACGACAUGGCUAGAAAGGUUAUAUCUCGAACAGCUCUCUACUCGGUUUCAGCCUCUAGUCAAAGAUAACUUUAACGCAGGAGAGACAUUUGACUUGGAUGAUAUCAUUGAAAAGGCCUCAAUUGAUGACACCAAAACAUUUCUUUCAAGACAUGGCUCUCAAAUAAAGAAAAUAUCAUGCAAAAGUUUGAAAAGCGUAAACUACCUCCCUUACAUUGAGCUAAUUCCGGAAUACUGUAACAAUCUAGAAGAGCUUGUCUUUCAUCAACUUGUGAAUAUUUCAUAUAAAGGAUACUCCAGGAUAUUUCGCGCGAAUCCCAAUUUGCAGAAAAUCGAUCUUACAGACUGCUUCCACAUAACUGAUCGGGUUUGCGCACAGAUCGCGCAGUUGCAUCAUCUAACGCACUUGAAUUUGAGUAACAAUUGGAAGUUCACCGGGAAACACUUGGAAAAACUUAAAAAUCUAAAGGAGCUUCUUCUUAACAGAUGUGCCAUCAGAUCCGAAUGCAUGAUAAGCAUUUGUAAGGCAGUGCAGUUGAAGAAACUUGAUAUCACCUUGUGCAACGGCUUGGACGAGGAAACUUACCUGACCAUUGUUGAAACUCAGAAUGAACUUGAAACGCUGAUUAUAAGUGACACUUAUGAAGCCAUGUCCGAAAUAUUGAUGGGACUAAAAAAUCUGAAUCAUCUUGAAAUUCGCUUCAACAAUGAUACGAACCUUCUAGGCGUCCUUGUUGAGAAAAAAUCAAAAACAUUGGAGACAUUGACCUUAAAUAGUUUCGGGACGGUUUCACCAUUUGUUAAGGAUCAAAUAUCAAAACUAUCGAACAUCCGAGUUUUGCAACUUCAUACUCAUUCGGAUUUACAAAACCAGUUUGUGGAUGAUGAGUAUCUUUUGGAAAUUGCCAAAAAUUGCUCGGAAUUGCGACAGUUCAUUUGCCCUCGUGCAGGACUUGUGACUGUAGAAGGUGUAGCGGCAUUCGUUAGCUUUGCCACUAAUUUGGAAAAAGUAAACUUUUCGUACUGUGACUUAACUGAGCAAGUAUAUGAUGAUAUCGUUAAAAUAUUGGAAAAGGAAGUUGGACUCAGAAAACCAUUGAGGCUUUGUGUUUACGGCACAAAAAUUAGCCCAGACUUUAUCAAGACUUCUGAAUAUCGGUCACAUAGGCACCUCCUUACUUUAUGUUUUGAUGAUCACUAUUCUCGAAAAUUAUGAAGCAAGAAAGUGGUCUAAUUAUAUCAACUUUUAAUUGUUACUGAUUAUCUAAUUCUUACGUAUCUAAAAAUGGAUUUGAAAUUUCCGAAAGUCGACUUUUGUGGACCUAAGCUAAUGAUAGGAUAUUUGAACAGUAACAACAAAUAUUGAAAGCAUUUUAAUAAAGUUCUAAUAAAAAUAAU